AUCGCCCACAUCACUCACAUCGCCCACAUCGCCUGCACACUCCCCCCGCCAUGGCCGACAGCAAGCCCAACGUCGAUAUCGACACGUACCUGCGGCUCGAAAACAACAGCUUCAACCAGGAUGUCGAGGCGGACCGCAUCCUGACGCUGUAUGAGUCGACCAAGAACCCUCUGGAGCUGCUGGAGCUGACGUCGUCGGUCUUCACAACUCUGGCGAUCGACCUGAAGGAGGUCAAGAUCGCCUACCGCAAGAAAUCGCUGCUGCUCCACCCGGACAAGUGCAAGCACCCGCGGGCGCAGGAGGCCUUUGACAUCCUCAAGACCGCCGAGAACGCACUCACGGAUGACGCCAAGCGGGCCGUGAUCGAGGGCUUCCUGCGAGACGCCCGGGACCUGGUCUACAAAUCCCGGAGCAUCAAGUCGACGGACGAGCAGGCGCACUCGCUCGAGGUGGCCGUGGCCGUGAAGCUCCAGUACCGCAAGAUCAUCAAAGAACUGGAGACCCGCGACCAGAUCCGCAACAAGAACGAGAUCGAGCGCAAGAUCCAGCAGGAGCAGACCAAGAUCGAGGAGCGCAAGCGCAAGAUCGAGCACGACAAGCUGUGGGAGGAGACCAGGGAGGAGCGGGUCGGCAACUGGCGCAAGUUCAUGAAGCAGGGGCCCAAGAAGAGAAAGAGCAAAAAGUCUGAGGACGGCAUGUAGCCCUCCGCCCCUUCCUUCUGCAGAAACGACUUUUCCACUCUGCGCUGCCCUUGAUGGCAUCGAUACCGUCGCUGGCCUGCUUCUCCCGCUCGUCUUGCCUGGUUGUCUGCAUGGCUAUCCGCUUGGUUGUCUGCCUGGUGUCUGCUUCGCUGGCCUGGCUUUGGUUGUCAGCAUGGUUGUCUGCUUGGUUGUCUGCUUGGUUGUCGCCGACCGGCUCCCGACCCGGACAUCCUGAAUACCGUCCUCUGCGGUAGAGCACGAUGCUCGCACCCGAGAAUACGACUCCAUGAGGCAUAAGCACUCACCCCGAAUGCCCUGCAUCUCGCAAAUCGGUCCUCGCGGCCUUUGCCAGAACCGGCAUUUCCUUCCUGGUCACG